AUGAGUGGUUUGAUCCUUUUAGGUGGAUCAGAGGAGAAUGCUGUCAUUGAUGAUUCUGUAUCACUGAUAGCUUCAGAUUUGGGUGCGCCGCUUGCCUCGACCCCGCCCAUGCUGAGGUUCCGCUCACUGAGACAGACUGCUCUUACUAUUCUGUACGGGCAAUGUGACGUGAGGGAAUGUGAUUGGAGGAGGCUUGAGCUAUAUAACUCACAGGCUGCUGCUCAUCCUUUUCGCCAGUGGAGUUUCUCUACGAGCUUCUGUACCACACAGGGCAGACGGGAACACAAACACAAUGUGUUUUUUGUUUCUGUACUUACGCAAGAAAGCUUUAAUGAGCAUCGCAGUGGCCUUCAGCCAGAGCAGGUGAAAGCUGCUGCGGCAGGCCCUAGUGGUGCUGAAGAUGAGGAUAGCCUUCCCACCUACAAGGAUGCCUUUCCCCCUCUACCUGAAAAGCCUUUGCCAGAGGGGGUACAGGAGACUGGAAAUGCCUGGACGUCUAAGAUCAAACCUCUCAAGUCCUCAUUAAUUACCCAGGUUUUCCAUGUGCCUCUGGAAGAGCGCAAGUACAAGGACAUUAACCAGUUUGGAGAAGGAGACCAGGCUAAAGUAUGUCUUGAUAUUAUGCACAAGACUGGAGCCCACCUGGAACUCUCCAUGGCUAAAGACCAAGGCCUCUCCAUAAUGGUCUCUGGGAAGCAUGACGCUGUCAUGAAAGCCCGCAAAGAGAUUGUGUCCCGACUGCAGACUCAGGCUUCAGCUACUGUGGCCAUCCCCAAAGAACAUCAUCGCUUUGUCAUCGGCAAGAGUGGGGAAAAGCUGCAGGAGCUCGAGCUGAAGACUGCCACCAAGAUCCAGAUCCCUAGACCCGAAGACCCCAGUAACCUCAUCAAGAUCUCUGGAACCAAGGAAGGCUUGGAGAAGGCCAAGCACGAGAUCCUGCUCAUCUCUGCUGAGCAGGAUAAGCGUGCUGUGGAGAGAAUGAACAUUGAAAAGGUGUAUCACCCCUUCAUCACUGGAGCUUAUAACAAGCUGGUGGGGGAGUUGAUGCAGGAGACAGGAGCCCGCAUUAAUGUUCCUCCACCAAGUGUGAACAAAACAGAGAUCGUCAUCACUGGGGAGAAAGAGCAGGUGGCCCUGGCCAUAGCCAAGAUCAAGAAGAUUUAUGAGGAGAAGAAGAAGAAUGCCACCACUAUUGCAGUGGAGGUGAAGAAAUCUCAGCACAAGUAUGUAAUUGGGCCUAAGGGUAACACCCUGCAAGAGAUCCUGGACAGGACCGGCGUCUCGGUUGAGAUCCCACCCCUCGACAGCAGCUCAGAGACUGUAAUCCUGCGUGGGGAGCCAGACCGGCUGGGCCAGGCACUCACUGAAGUGUAUGCCAAGGCCAACAGCUACACUGUGUCCUCAGUCUCUGCUCCCUCUUGGCUUCAUCGUUUCAUUAUUGGCAAGAAAGGACAAAAUCUGGCAAAGAUCACGCAGCAAAUGCCCAAGGUGCACAUUGAGUUCACCGAGGGAGAGGACAAGAUCACGCUGGAGGGUCCCACCAAAGAUGUACAGAUAGUACACGGCCAGAUUGAAGUCAUCGUUACAGAUCUGAUUAGCCGAAUGGACUACACUGAGAUUAGUGUAGACCCCAAGUUCCACCGACACUUAAUUGGAAAAGGCGGCGCAAACAUUAACCGCAUAAAGGAGCUACACAAAGUGUCAGUCCGCAUUCCACCUGACAACGAGAAGAGUAACCUGAUCCGUAUCGAGGGUGACCCCCAGGGAGUGCAGGAGGCCAAGAAGGAGCUGCUGGAGCUAGCAUCACGCAUGGAGAAUGAGCGUACAAAGGACAUGAUCAUUGAACAACGUUUUCAUCGAGCCAUCAUUGGACAGAAAGGGGAGAAAAUUAAGGAAGUUCGGGAUAAGUUCCCUGAGGUCAUCAUCAACUUCCCUGACCCAACGCAGAAAAGUGACAUUGUACAACUACGUGGACCUCGCAAUGAGGUGGAAAAAUGCACAAAGUUUAUGCAGAAAAUUGUGGCUGAAAUGGUUGAGAACAGCUUUUCUGUUUCAGUCCCCAUUUUCAAGCAAUUCCACAAAAACAUAAUUGGCAAAGGAGGAGCAAAUAUAAAGAAGAUCCGUGAAGAGACUAACACCAAGCUUGAUCUGCCCGCUGGGAAAACAGCAACUCUGAAAGGGUGGGAUUGUCCAUCACAUCACAGGAAAGAAGGUAGCCGCAAACUAAGAAGCCACAUUCUGACUGUUGAACUUCGUGCCAAACCUGAAUCCACAAGUGUUCCUUUGAUUGGAGAAAGGAGGUGGACCCCACAUCAUCCGCAAGAUUUUCUUUCUGCUGUCCUGGACAAAAUAUUUUCCUCCCAGGUUAAUAUUCAAGUGCCUGCUCAUGAGUUACAGUCUGACAUUAUCUCCAUUUCUGGCCUGGCCUCCCAUCUUGACCGUGCUAAAGAGGGACUUCUUGAGCGUGUCAAAGAGCUACAGGCCGAACAGGAGGAUCGGGCUCUCAGGAGCUUCAAGCUGAUCAUCACUGUGGAUCCCAAGUAUCACCCCAAGAUCAUUGGACGCAAGGGUGCCAUAAUCACCCAAAUCCGCAAUCAGCAUGAGGUCAACAUUCUUCCAGAGAAAAAUGAUGAGAACCAGGAUCAGAUUACCAUUACUGGCUAUGAGCAGAAUGCUUUGGCAGCACGUGAUGCAAUUCAGACUAUAGUGGGUGAUCUGGAGGAAAUGAUCUCUGAGGACAUCACCCUGGACAGCAGAGUCCAUGCUCGCAUCAUAGGGGCACGUGGCAAGGGAAUCCGCAAAAUUAUGGAUGAGUUUAAGGUUGAUGUUCGGUUCCCUCCGAGUGGAGCUGCGGAUCCCAAUUUAGUGACUGUGACUGGUCGUCCAGAACAGGUUGAUGAAGCCAUUGAUCACCUUCUAAACCUGGAGGAGGAAUAUCUGUCUGAUGUAGUUGAAAACGAAGCCAAAAUGGCCUAUAUGAAGCCUUCUGGUUCCACUGCCUCCAGCAUGGAAGAACCUCGAGGCCCAUCCAAGGGCUUUGUUGUGCGGGAGGCUCCUUGGGCCAGUGGCAAUGAAAAGGCCCCUGAUAUGAGCAGUUCCCGAGGAAUUCCCCCCAGUUUUGGUGCAACCUGUGGACUAAUUGCGAGAUCAUCUCCAUGGGGACCCAAACGCUUUUGAAAUGCGUGUCCUUCAGUGGUUAUGUUGCAUCCUCCUGGUUCCCCUUACUAUAAUCCCUCAUUUGGAUGUGGAUUGACACCCCCGUCCCCACCC